UUGACAGUUCUCUGUGAUGGCUUUAGACGUUUCGAUGCAUUUGGCGUGAAAAAAGAAACAACCCGGCAAAAUCAAGAUGACGUCGGGGGGGCCAAAAGACCCAGACCUCGAUCUAAGAAUCACUCCGGCGCAACAAGCUGCAGCUUCCUGCACGGGAGCGCUCAUAACCUCACUUUUCGUUACGCCUCUGGAUGUCGUGAAGAUCCGCCUGCAGUUGCAGCAAAAAUCAGUGACAAAUUGCUUUUUAUACUGCAACGGACUCAUGGAUCAUAUUUGUGGCUGUCCUAGCAGCUCCAUGCAAAAAGAGUGGUUUCAAAGGCCUAGUCAUUUCACAGGAACAAUAGACGCUUUUGUCAAAAUCAGUCGAAACGAGGGGUUAACCUCACUUUGGAGCGGAUUGGGCCCCACUUUAGUGCUCGCCAUACCAGCGACAAUAGUGUAUUUCGUCUCCUACGAACAAUUAAGAAUAAAAUUUAAUGAUAAAUACAACCCAGCUAAUGUUAAAGGUUAUCGGGAGAAACAGCCGUUCUGGAUACCUUUAGUUUCAGGGGCUUCAGCCAGGGUCCUAUCUGCCACAAUGGUGAGCCCUUUGGAGUUAAUUAGAACUAAAAUGCAAAGUCAGCGGCUAAAUUAUUUUGAGGUGGGAGAGGCCCUAAAAUCCUUGAUAAAACAAGAUGGCCCGAAAGGGUUGUGGAAAGGCUUGCUGCCAACGUUAUUAAGGGACGUGCCUUUUUCUGCAUUGUAUUGGUACAGCUACGAAGGCAUAAAAUCGAUUUUUACAGACGAACACCCCUCUUUCAUGUUGAGUUUUUUCGCUGGAUUCGUAUCGGGGAGUGUAGCGGCUGCAGUGACUGUACCUUUUGACGUUGUAAAAACACACCAACAAAUUGAGUUUGGUACUAGUACCAUAACUGGAGAGCCAAUCAGAACGCGAACCACGGCCCAAGUGAUCAAGGACAUAUACAGGCAACAAGGAGCAAGAGGGCUGUUCGCGGGAAUAGUGCCGCGCCUGAUCAAGGUGGCGCCCGCAUGCGCAAUCAUGAUAUCGUCGUUCGAAUACGGAAAGGUAUUUUUCAACAGGUUAGCAGCAAAAAAGGAGCAAAACGCGGCAACGUCGCAACCGACUGCGCCAUCUAGCGUCGGUAAUGUCAGUCACGUGGUCGAUAAGGGAGUUUAUAGCGGGAAGAACGAGGUUUUAUAGAGGUUAGGUUUUUUAAAGGGCCGCCACUAUUACAAUAAAAAUUUUAAAACAUAAUUUCCUUAAUUAUUUUAUAAAAAGCCUUUGGGGGUUUGUAUGUAUUUUUUUAAAUCAGUUUUUAUAGUUAAAAAUAUAUUUUUGUACCUGAUAUUUAGUUACCUAAUUUCUGAAAAAUAAGCAACUUUUUCUAUAAACAAUAGAUUACAAUUAUUUUGUUCAUGUUAUUAGGCUCCAAAAAGGUUAACACUGACCAGUAGGUAUAAUAUAAAAAAAAUUAAAUAUUUUUUAGAGAAAAAGAUCCUGCAAAUGAAGUUCAAGAAAAAAGUGAUUAUUGUCAUUAUUAUGAUUAUAACGACGAUUUUUUCACUGUCAUUAUCAAAUACCCUGUAGGUCAUACGUAAAAGACGUAGCUAGUUCCUAUAAUAUAAAUAUAUUGUUAUUUUUAGUUAUUAUUAUUUUUAUUGUUAAAAUUUUUUUAAAUAAAACUUUUACAAUAAAAUUUU